AUGGCGCAACCCACCGGCCCUUCGCCAGAGCAGAUGCGCCAAAUGCAACAACGGUUUUUUGCUGAAGCUGCGAAGCAGGGCAUGACACCCGAACAAUUUCAAGAGCAUCAACGACAACAGCUAGCAGCAGACGCCGCGAAACAAGGCCUGACAGUUGAGCAAUAUGUCAACCAGCUGAAAGAAAGAGCUAUCCAAGAGCACCAGAUGAGACAGCAACAAGCACAACAACAGCCACAGCAAGGCCAAGGGCAGGGUCAAGCACCACAUCAUCAGCAUUCCCAGACCCAGAAGAUACCGGUCAACCCUGGCGCACCCCCAAAACCUGAGGCCUUAGCUGUGGCGAAGUUUCUGAGAUCGCAGGAUCUGAAGACCAGAACGUGCAUUCUAGAUGGGCAGAGAAAGGAGAUGUUUAAAGUCAAGCGAGCGUUCAGAGCAUUGCAAUCACCAGCCUACGAAAAAGCGCAGCGCAAAAACAAGCUUCUACCUGAGGUCAAAGAUGAAGCGGCGGCGAGAAAUGCUGUUCAAUUACUUCCACUUUCGAUGCUUGCUUUGAGAGUUACGAAGACCGAUCCGCACGAGGGCCACAAUCAUGCAAAGCCUCCCAAGGAUUCAAAACGAAUAAAAGGGUUAUGGACGGUCAAGGUAGAAAGAGAUCAAGAAUUUGAACCCAUGAUGCACUAUGUCUGGCUCUAUGAAGGUCCGCAAUGGAAACAAAAGGCAUUGGCAGCUGGGGUUUUGGUCCUGAUCAUGGCUGUCGUCAUGUUUCCCUUGUGGCCGAUUAUGCUACGCCAGGGUGUGUGGUAUCUGAGUGUAGGAAUGAUGGGAUUGAUUGGGUUGUUCUUCCUCAUGGCUAUAUUUCGACUCAUACUGUUCUGCGUUACCGUUUUUGUGGUACCACCGGGCUUGUGGCUGUACCCCAAUCUCUUCGAAGAUGUGGGCUUUUUUGACAGCUUCAGACCAUUGUGGGCAUGGCAAGAGACCAAGAAAACCAAGAAAACCAAGAAGACUGGAAAGGGCUCGAAGACAACGAAGAACGAGACUGUUUCAGGCACAGGAACUGAAGUUGAUGCAACGGCCACUGCAAAAAGAACUGCUGUUACCAAGCGCCAUCAAGCACCACAAGUUGAAGAAGCUGAUGACGAAUAA